ACUACUGUAACAGCUAGUCACGUGACUCACCUGGACGACGACUUUUGUUUGGGUGGAAGCAACCAAAAUAUGUGUUGCGAUCUGCAGAUAACCAUGUUGGAUGUGUGCUGUUCAUCGUAAAAUUCAUAAUCUGUUUUUUUCUUUCAUUUCUAAUAUUUGCGAGGAAUUGUACUUUGUCAAGCUUGAAAAAUGAGUCACUUUGAUCAUGGGCCUCUUGCUACAUACAACAGCCUCACAGACACACACCUGGCAGGCUUUUUUGCCAAUACUCGUAAGCGGCGUCAUCUUGUCAAGUCGGGACUGGUGUCAAGGAAUGGUGUCAUCGUAUCAGAAGCAACAUACAGACUCAAUAUGAGUCGCAAGGAGCACAAGAAAUAUGUCAAGGACAUGUUGGCACAGGCGAUAGUCCAUAAAACACUGGAUCUUGAACGGACUCGACAGGCAGAGAUAAAGAAGAAGUUAGAGGAGAUAGCCAAGAUACAACUGGUCCAGAGAGUUCGGGCAUCUCGUGGCAGAAAGGGCGAUGAGGAAAUACUGCCAUUGUUAACCCUAAAAGCAGGCCGCCCAUAUUCCAGCCCAACUUCUAAGCCCCGUGGGAGGAGUCCUAAUUCCAAGUACCGCCCAUACAGUGCCCCAGGUGCCCGGCCUGACUCCAGGUUUUCUCAAACAUCUACAGAAGAUGAUGGCGAUGUACUCUAUCUUGAUGACGAGGGCCAGCCUAUCACAUCACACCGUGAAUUAGGAAGUAACGAUCAUAUUGACACACGCCAUUUGUACUCACUGGACACAGCAGCUCUGAGGAAGUAUGCCAUGAUGAUGUCUCAAAUGGAGCAGGGGCGUGGACUUAGCUCCCCUUACUUGAUGCCACGAGUGCCACUGCCUCCUAGAUUUCCACUGAGCGGGCGCUCUCUAAGAAGUGCAAGAUAUGCAAAGAGCACAUCACCUCAAAGACCAGUUACAACUGAUGGUCACAUUUCCCGCCUCCACCGUCCUGAGGGUGCCAAAAUGCAUGAGGGACAGCAAGAGUCAAUGUGCAAAAUAACUAUGAAGUAUCAUGGGUGGGAUUUGCAUUUGGCCAGAGAGCAGAUGGACCCAACACAGGAGAUACAGGUGGAGCAGCAGCACUGUGGAGGGAACACUUUAACAGUGUUCAAGGAAAGACUUGUUCCUGGAAGUGAAUUUAGCUUCAUUUCCUACCGACAUCGAGGCUAUCCUUUCAGCCUAACACUGUAUGUGGAUGGACAUGUUGAUAGUCGUGUCAGCACUUGUUGUGAGGAUCGCCAUUCCCCUGGGGCCAAGAUAGGUGGCAAGCAGGGGCAUUUCAGCAUAAUUUGUGUUGAUGGAGCAGUGCCUUGUUAUAAAUGUCAAGUGGCCAAGGGAGUGAUGAUACAAAACAAAGCACCAUGCAAGCAGAAAAAACGCCCUCCAGAGAGUCAUGCAGAGGAGGUCAUUGUUGUUUCCAGCACAAAAGAUAAAUCUGAUAAAUCAAAGGCUGCAGUUAACAGAUCUGAAAGCCCACAUGAUAAUCCAGAUGAGAAGCCAGUGAGAAUUGCUGUUGAAAAAGAGGAUGAUAAUGAACAGUAUGAUAAAAAUGCUGACAAGGUUGAUAAAGAUAACUAUGAUGAUGACUUUGAGACCUCUGGGUCCUCUCCAUUGUCAAGCAGCCGAUCCAGCUCUGAAAGUGAAUCUGAGAAAACUCCAGGUAGAAAAGAUGAUGGAAGCCGAGGGAAGGAUGACGAGUCAGCUAAAUCAGAGAGCGAGACAGAGUCCGCGUCCUCAGCUUGGUCCGAAAGGGAAGAAGAGAGAUACAAGGCUAAGAAGGGCCAUUCCCCGACUGAACCGAAAUCUCGCGAGUCGCCAACGAGUAAACCAAAGUCUCCCGAGUCGCCAACGAGUAAACCAAAGUCUCCCGAGUCGCCAACGAGUAAACCAAAGUCUCGCGAGUCGCCAACGACUGAGCUGAAAUCUCGCGAGUCACCAACGAGUAAACCAAAGUCUCGCGAGUCGCCAAUGAGUAAACCAAAGUCUCGCGAGUCGCCAAUGAGUAAACCAAAGUCUCGCGAGUCGCCAACGACUGAGCUGAAAUCUCGCGAGUCGCCAACUAGCCGGGGUACUUUUAGGAGAGCUGCUGACCGAUCUGCUGGGCGGAUGGAUGUCAACGGGACAGGCAGAAAGAUCGAUGAUUUCUCCUCUGAUGAAGACGAAAACGGCGAUAAGAAAACGACUGUUCUUUCCAUGGAAGCUGUCGAUGCAGAAGAAGUAAAACCACCAAAAAAGUCAUCGCGCUCAAAGUCAUCGUCGUCAUCGUCAUCAUCAUCCGCUGACAGCUCCGAUGAGCGAGAAAAAGAAGAGCAGAAAAAAACGGUUGUAGUCAGCAUGCAGCCUUUCAGCGACGAGGAAGUGGCGAGUGAAAAGGCAGCCGCCGAGAAGGAAAACAGAGAAAAACGCCGACAGAAAGAAGCGGAAGAAAGUCAGCAGCAGAGGAAGCGAGAGAUAGAAGAGCUCAGAAAGGCAGAAGAAGAGCGACGUCAGCGGGAGAAAUCCGAAGAACGGAAACGCGAAGAGGAGAGGAGGCAGAGGGAGGAGGAGAAAAGAGCAGAAGCGCAGAGGGAGGCAGAGAGAAAAACCGAGGAGCGUCGCCGAGAGGAGGCUGCCCAGCGGAGACCGGACAGCGUGACGUCAGCGGACGAACAGAGCAAGGAGGAAGCGAGGCUGAAGGCUCAGCAGCUCCGCGAAGCGGAGAUCCUGGAAGGUCAGCGGCAGCGGGAGGAGAGGAGGAGGGUGGAAGAGCGAGAACGAGUGGAGGCGUGGCGGAGACAGCAAGCGCAGAGAGAGGAGGAGAUCCGGAACGUUGAAAAUAGGCGGGAAGAGAGGCGACAGGAGGAGGGCGUGUCUAGUGCUCGCUCCACUCCCACCAGCUCCUCGUUUGCCAAGAGCUUUAGCCUGGCGUCCGAGUCAGACACGGACCACUCCCAGAAGCAUGCAGCCAGAGAAAAGAUGGCGACACAGGGCCAGCAUAAAGAACUCGACAAGUCAGUUGUCUCCCCACCCAAAGAGCUCGAUAGUCCUGCCUCGGCAAAGAAAAUGUCAGGAGAAGAGAAAUCUCCCAAAGGCAAGCGGGCGACUCCUGUAAACUACCUGGAAUCAGAGGAUCAGCCAAGCACAGCACCGGCGUCCUCGCGAACAGUGGAGUCUGGCCGUUCUUCGAGAAGCAAUGCCACUAGUGACAGCAGCAGCAGCGGCAGCAGCAGCGACAGUGACAGUGACAGUGACGGUGACAGCGAGAGUGACAACGAGGGAAUCGUCGACAAAUCUAGCAAAACGCCUCCUGAAGAAAUGAAGCAGACGGCAGCGGAGAGUCAGGCUGAAGACAAGAAGUUGGCACCUCAGGUAGAAGGCAAAGAAACUAAAAUCAGCGCGGAGGUAUACGCAGCUCCCCUGCUAUGGUCUCCAAAGCUGGAUAAAGCUAAAGAAGAGAUAUCAGACAGCAGCAGCAGCGACGGCGAAUCACCAUCCGGUAGAAGCAGCAGUCGGGUCAGCGGCCACAACGACACUGCUAAAACACAGACUUCACCAGAGCGAGCAGCUCAUGUCAGAAUGCCUCUGCUGACUAGCGAUGGAGUGGUCAACAGCAGAAGUCGCUUGACUGAUGACGCCGUGGAGGAGGGUAUAGAAGGUGAUGGCCCAGCACACGUCCUACCAGAAGAAGCCGAGUUGAAGAUGGACGAUGAAGCAGAACACAGGCUGCGUCCUCCCUCAGCCAUGAUGGAGCAGCAGCCUUCCUCCUUUUCGUCUCUUGAUGAAGAAAUUUGGAAGUCUGAGCAAGGUCGCGGAGGGAAGCAGCAGACUAGCGACAGUGACGACGAAUUCGUGAUAAAUGGAGACCGACCUGGUAUUCGCGCUGAACGAGAAACCUCCCGCGAAGAAUCUCUUGAAAUGACAGAUGACAGACCGGAAGCCACGUCACCAGAGAACAGUUGGCGAGAGCGCCUGGUUGGCGAAGAUACCGUGGAACUCCCUAAUGUCUCUUUGACAAAGACACAGGUGCAAGAGCUGGCCAGUCACCUGGAGGUUGCGGAGAAGGUGAACACGGUGAACCUUCGCAACACCGGCCUUAAUGACGAAGACCUUCAAAAGGUGACGGAGGCGAUUGCUGCUUCGCUUUCGGAGGUGGAGAUGUUAAACCUCAGCCUCAAUUCUCUCACAGAGGAAAGUGUUCCGCAUCUUCUUCAUGUCCUGAAGGCCAAGCCAUCAGUAAAACUGCUGCUGCUGCACGGUAACCGGCUUGGAGAUGUCGGCGUGGGUCAGUUGGUCGCUGGUCUGCAGGGCCUGCACCGCGAGGCGAGGACGCAGCGAAUGACGAAAGCCUCCGAGCCUUCCGCCGACAGCGUCAGCCUCGACAGCACCGCCUCCUCCCUCGCCCAGAGCAGCCUGCCCAGCAGGUACAUCCUGCGUGAUCUUGACUUGGCGGGCACGGGCAUCGGCGACGAAGGUGCCGAGCGGAUUGGCGAGCUGUUGGGAGGCAACGUGUACGUCGAGGCCCUGCGGCUGAGCUCCAACGAGGGGGUCACGGCCGAGGGAGGCUGGGCGCGCAUCGGUGAGGGGAUCGCCAAGAACCGCUGCCUUAAGUCUCUCGCACUGGACGGAAACCGCAUCGGCGACGUGGGCGUGAAACACUUGGCGCGGGGUCUGUUCAAGAACCACACCCUGACCUCGCUGAAGCUGCAGAACGCCGGCAUCGGCGAGGACGGUGCCAAGGCCAUCAUGGAGAUGCUGAAGCGGAACACCACCCUGCAGGACCUGACCUUGACCCCUGGCAACGCCAUUUCGGAAGAACUCAUGAACGACAUUAAUAACUAUGUCGCCCUGAACCGCGCAUCUGGUACUGCUUUGUCCAGGCGAUGAAGACAGGUCAGAACGGAAGCCAUGGUUGCGGCUUUUCUUCAAACAAACACUUUCGGCGGAAAAAGAAAAGUUGGCAACAGAUUUAAAUGAAUUUAAAAUGAAUCAUCCCUCCCUACCUUCCCAACAAAAACUGGAGAAUCAGAGGACAAACAAAACUUAUAACCCAAGAAGAAAGUCCUGUAAGUUCGAGAGAAAGUAAACGAUGACACAUGAGCGCCUUCACAUGCUGAGAACCACGUGCUUCACUCAAAUGUGCACUUUCUCCUUUCUCGAAUUUAAUUUCACAACUUUCCAGCAUAUCGCAUUAUUAAAGGAGGAAUUUACAUAUGAAAACUAUUUGCCGAGGAAGCGCUCAUUUUUAUGAUGGCUAAUGACUGAUUUUUUUCGUAGAUUUAUAAAUCGAGGGUCCUCUAAUUCUGUUUCGAUAGACGGAAAAGCGUUUAGUCUGUGACGUAAUUUCCGCUCUGUAUUCCUUCAUCAUGCGGGCUUCUUUGUAGUCUUGAAUAUUGCUGGAUUUCUUCUUGUGGUUGACAGUCUUCUUGAGUCUUCUUCUCGUUCCUUUACCUGUCACUUUUAAAGUAUCAUCUUUUAUCUUUUAUGUAGUGAUGCACGACCCAUGCAUGUUUUCGCAUGGUGAUGAGCCUUUGGCAAAAUAGGAUAAACGGUCUCAGUUCAAAGUACCCUACCCAGAAUUAUCACGGUUUCAACGUAGCCACGGGGAAUGGAGAGGGUUUGAAAGGGGCAUUAACAAAUCCAGACUGUUCAUAUCGUUUGCAAACAUAAGUUUCAUAAAAUUCCGUCCAGCCUCAGGUAUGUUAUUAACACGUUUGCCUUCUUUGUCAAGUUGGUUUUCCUGUUUUGUGUAACCUUUGUAUUUGUUAAUAAGCGGGAAAUAGCUGAUGUGAAAGUGCAGAUAAACAUGUUGUGGCGCUUGCAUUAAAUGUUUUCCCGUCGUCGUGAGAAGUUAAUGUCCCCUUACGAUUAUAGUGCCCGAAAUAAGGUUGUGCAAAUAAACUGGCGGAAAAAGGGUUAAUAGAGAGUACAAAGCUAUAAACUUUAGACAAGCAUCUGCUGCCUCAUGAGCUACAUGCCUUUUACGUAGCUUCGACUUCUAUUUACUUUCAUAUUUAUUUAUUUACAUGUUUAUGUGUAAAAUGUUAAAAAGGUGAGAAAAUUGUUUGUUUUAUAUCCGGCUCAUUAAUUUAAUCUGCACAUGAAUUACUAUAUCGUGCUCUUGAUAUUUCUAUUUCAUGACAAGUUCGAUCUCAGUUGCUAGUAAAACGACAUUCAUGGGUUGUGUCGGUAGUUUACAGGCGCUUGUGAUCGCACUGUCAGACUGGAAACAAGAUACCAAAGCCUUGUGUUUGUGGGAGAGAAAACGAAUCAGAUGUGGUUUGUCAGAAAGUACGACACCAUGGCAAAACGCGAAAUCAUGAUAUAACGGUCUAUGGCGGUAAUAGUCCUCCAUCAUCCCUGCUGGCACCGGUGUCCUCUGAACCUGGCUUGCAGGAAUUAAAUCUGUCAGAGGAUCGCCCUUGUGUCCUAGUUUGUUUUUUUUAUUUACCUGUCUGUGGGGAUACCGAGCUGUUCACCUGCCCAGCUUUUCUGAACGUCAUUAGCACCGACACUGCUGCUGACAGUUUAAUCUACUUUGCUGUUGCCUUUUAGGGUCAUUUCGCCUUUGACCCAUGAUUCUGACCUAGCUUAUUUAUUUUUCUGAACCUGUCUCUUACUGAGGUGCUCGUUCAUCACUUGUCAAUGUAGUGUCCUAGACGCCGUCCGACUGAUGGCGACUUUGUUAGUCAUUAAAGCUUGAAUGUGGCAGCAUCCAGUGCAACGUUUAAUUCCGCUUGUUGUUUAUGUGGCAUCGUUUUUAUUUGUACAUCUGUGAGGAUUGCAGUCCAAGACAUAAUUUUCACGGUGACUGCGACGUCACCCUCUGUUACCACUAAAACGGCCGGCAACGCCAUCUUGUGGUACAUAAAAUCACUUCUUGUAGCUGCGGUCGAUCUCAUUAACAUAGCGAAGAAUGUUAACACUAACAAUCUUUCUCCUGUCAUCCAUGUGCCUAGUUGAGAAAAGCAAAGACUGUGAUAUGUUCCUAGUUUUCCCUAGGUCUUCAAAAUUAUAUAUAUUUGGUCUUUUUUGGAAAUGUUUUAGUGUAGUUUUUAAUAUUUACAAUUUAAAAGCUUGGUUGUUGUUUUUUUUUCUCAUUUAAAGCACAUUAAUUUGUAUCUGGUCUUGAGGACCAGAUAUCUUGUGCAUAUGUAGUGUAUAAAUAUAUAUUGCAUCUUGAAAUUGAAACAUAUUUUAGGCAUCUCGAUGUAACCUUAAUGCAGCAGUCUGUACUUUACAAUAAUCAACUUAAUAAAAUAGCUUAAAACUCAUUUGAUUCCAAAUUAAAUGUUGACUAUCUGUGAUACAAUGAAACUGCUGUACAAUUUAAGCGCCUUAUGAAACAGAACAUGUUAACAAAGCAGUGUCUAUGAUACUGUCAAGAUUUGUUAUUACUUAAAAUUAUGUAUACAAUAAUUCCUGCUGAUUGCUUUUUCUUGCAUAAAUCUGUGCAUAUUAAGCUUUGAUUUAUGCACAUGCACAAUCAACCUUUUAAGUUUUGCAAAUGAUUCUUGUGCUAAUUCUGACUUUUGAGAGGAAAUAUUUUUUGUUUAGGUUAAGUCUGUUAUGUAGUUUCCUUGUGGGCUUACUAGAGGGCCAAGAGAUCAGUAGAACCAGAGUUUAACAUUUCUUUUUAAAUUGUCUAGUGGCACACAAAGCUUUGUCUUCUUGUUACCUUUGCUUUAAAUAAAUUUUAUGCACUUUUU